ACUCACUGGACUUAGAUUUGACGUUUCAACACUUGUUUGUUUGUAAUAUUAAUGCUUGUUUGUGCUGAGCAGCUUCCAGAUACCAACUCUCGGUUGAUCUUGGAUGUGUCAUGUCCAGUGAAAGAAAGUAUGGUGUGAAUCAGUCGUUGGUUUCUUGCAAGUCAAAAUCACAACAAGUCGUAGAGGACGGUGGUGGCGGUUCGGAAUAUGGGCAGCUUAAGGUGUCUCAUAUAAUGGUGGAGAGAAACCGAAGGAAGCUGAUGAAUGAACACUUGAGUGUUCUUCGUUCACUUAUGCCUUGCUUUUAUGUCAGAAGGGGUGAUCAAGCAUCAAUAAUUGGAGGAGUAGUUGAUUACAUCACUGAAUUGCAACGAGUUCUUCAGUCUCUAGAGGCAAAGAAACGACGAAAAGUUUACCGAGAACAAGUAACGCACCAUUGGAUUGAUUCAAGCCCUCGAAGACCAAGACCGCCACUUAGCCCUAGGCCAAGCGUGCCGAUUAGCCCUAGAACCCCGCAGCCAACAAAGACAUACAGGCCCACUUUUCCUCUAUCAUUCGUAGCACGGCCAUCACCUGCUAAUUCUUUCAUAAGUUCAGACAACUCUAAUGAGCUCAUGGCCAACUUGAGGUCACCCAUUGCUGAAGUUGAGGUGAAGUUUGCUGGUGGUAAUCUUCUUCUAAAGACCUGCUCGAAUCGAAUACAUGGCCAAACAACAAAAGUAAUCGCGGUUCUUGAAAAUCUAUCUCUUGAAGUUCUUCAUGUUGACAUUAGUGUUGUUGAUGAAACUAUGGUCAACUCUUUUACCAUCAAGAUUGGAGUUGAAUGCCGACUAAGUGCAGAGGAACUUGCUCAACACAUUCAAAAGACCUUCUGCUAACCUUCAUGUUCAUCCUCAAUCUCAAUCCUCACCCUCCUUGUCACAUGAAUCUUGUAUAGAGGAUGUACCCGUUCCACCCACGUUAUGUUAUAUAUGUUCGACGCAUGUUGGACAUGAUGUUGAAACAUUCAAGAAUGUGAUCAAAGAAUAAUAAAGAAAAGCAGUUGUAAACAUUGCACUUGAUCACGCGUACUGCUCAAAACCCUAAUAAACGCCUUCAAUUUGGAUAAAACGAUUAGAGUUUUGGGUCAAUUAGCUUAACUUUUGUAUCGUCCUUAAACUUUAAUAUAUCGAUUUCUAAUUUGGCCGUUGACUAGUUUAACUUUCGUAUCGUCCUUAACUUUAAUAUGUCGAUUUCUAAUUUGGCGGGUAUGUAACCUUUGUGUCCCUCAAACUG